AUGCGUGCGGGCGGGGAAGCGCCGCACCGGGUGCUGGGCCGGCUGCGGUUCCUGCUGCAGUGCAGCGAGUGCUUCCGCCGCGCCCAGGCGCUGCCCGCCGCGCUCUGCUACGUGCCGCGGGAGGUGCAGUACAAGAUUUGCAAAGACCCCGCCGCCGCCCCCGCCCGCAGCCUGCUCAAUGUGUGGGACAGUCCGGGGCCGGCGCGGGGCGGCAAGCGGGCGGCGCGGGCCACCAUCGAGGUGCGGAAGGGCGGCUGCCUCCGUGCCACCGGCGAGGAGUACUGCAACGGUACUGGGCUCUGGGUCAAGCUCAGCAAGGAGCAGCUGGAGGAGUACACGGGCGGCCAUGACCUGGCUGAAGGCUGGGUUCUGGCGCAGAGGUUUGGAGAGGGAGGAGAUAAGCUGGUCCCGGUUGACUCCAUGGAGAAGAUCCAGUGGCAGCAACAAGCGCUCGGGGUUGAUUAUAAACCCGCGGUCAGCUGGGAACAAGUGGUGGACCUGACCUACACAAUACACCUGGGAGAGAUGCCCAGACUCAUAGAGCAGGAUGAGGCUGCGGUGCAGAAGUUUCGGUCUGUGCCCCCAGGCUGGAGCUAUGAGCAUGACAUGGAGCUUGGGCGCUUUCUGUAUGACCACAGUGAGAAGGAGCUGCAGCACGUGGACUGCAUCAAGGAGCACAUCAGUAGCAUUGAGGUCUCCUCACAGGAGGAGGACUGCGAAGCAAGCCAUCUGACGGACAACCAGACAUACACCUUCUGGGAGAGCAAUGGGCCCCCGGGGCAGCACUGGGUGCGGCUCAACAUGAAGAAAGGCACCAUCGUCAAGAAGCUGUGGCUCAUGCUGGAUGGGCAGGCCAGCUCCUAUGCACCUAAACGGGUGGCUGUGUACGGGGGGACACUAAGCAGGUUGCAGCACCUGAGAACCGUCCUAAUUAACGAGAACAGCUACCAGAAUGUCUGCAUCCUCCGUGACAUGAAGACCCACCUGCCAGUGCUGGAGAUCCGCAUCCUGGAGUGCCGGGAUGAAGGGUUCAAUGUCCGCCUGCGAGGGAUUAAGAUCAAAUCCUUCUGGGAGUGGGACCUGAUCCUCAAUGCUGAUGUGUUCCAGCCAGCACGGUUGGUGCGCUACCCUCUUCUGGAAGGUGUGGACAAGGACAUUCUGUACCGGAGGGCUGUGCUCAUUCAGAGGUUUGUCCAACUCCUGGACAGUGUUCUACAUUACUUGAUCCCCCUCUCUGAGGACAGCAUGGGCACUUUCAAUGCACUCAGGAACAUGAAGCCAUUCCUGCUGUUGUCCAAGCAGAGCACAGCCUUCAUCACCCAUUGUCUCCAGUCCUCAGAGAGCAACCCCCCUAACGCUAUGCCAAAGCUGCACAUCAACCGGCACCUGGCCCGUCAGCACCGUGAGAACCCCAUGCUGGACCCCAGCUGCAGGAACACUGUCUUCAUCCAGCUCUAUGAAGGCCUCAGAUCUUCCAAGAAUAAUCAACCCCUGGACUACAGGUGGCCCCUGAGCCACAGCCAGUGGUGGGAGUGCGAGUUCAUUGCUGAGGGCAUCAUUGACAACGGUGGUGGUUUUCGGGACAGCCUGUCGGAUGUCUCAGAGGAGCUGUGUCCCAGCUCAGGCAAUGUCCCUGUGCCCCUGCCCUUCUUCGUGCGCACCUCCAACCAGGGUAACAGCAGCAGUGAUACCAGGGACAUGUAUGUCCCCAACCCCUCCUGCAAAGACUUCCCCAGGUAUGAGUGGAUCGGGCAGCUGAUGGGAGCAGCCCUGAGGAGCAAGGAGUUUCUGAUCCUGUCUCUACCAGCACUGGUAUGGAAGCAGCUGGCAAGGGAGGAGGUCAGCUGGAGCAAGGACUUUGCCACUGUGGACUCAGAGUUGGUGAAGCUGCUAGAGGUGCUAGAGAGGGUGGACAGGGAAGCCUUUGAGUUCAUGUUUGGCAGAGAGCUGACCUACACGACUGUGCUGAGUGACCAGCGUGUGGUGGAGCUGAUCCCCAAUGGCAGCAGCACCGUGGUGCGCUAUGAGGACCGCAAGGAAUUCAUCCGCCUGGUGCAGAAGGCUCGUCUGGAGGAGAGCAAGGAGCAGAUCGCAGCCAUGCGUGCUGGGCUGCUUCGUGUUGUGCCCCAGCCUGUGUUGGACCUGCUCACCUGGCAGCAGCUGGAGAAGAAGGUCUGCGGGGACCCUGAGAUCACGGUGGCUGAACUACGGAAGUUCAUCACAUUUGAGGACUUCCCUUCUGAUGACACUCGUGUCCAGAUCUUCUGGGAGGCACUCAACAACUUUACCAGCGAGGAUCUCAGUCGCUUUCUCAAGUUUGUCACUGGCCGGAGCCGCCUCCCAGUUCAGAUCACUGUCUACCCAGAAAGGACGAACUUGAAUGCUUUGGACCUGAUGCCACAGGCCUCUACCUGCUCCUGCACCUUCUUCUUGCCCAACUAUUCCUCGGCUAAGGUCUGUGAGGAACUGCUGCGAUAUGCUGUGUACAACUGCAUGUCCAUCGACACCGACAAGGAACCCUAUGAUGAAUGAGACCCCCCAGGCACCCCAUGCCACAGGAGCCAUCCACCCCGG